CUGAAUUAUAUAAGCAGCUGCGAAUUGAUCCGUUGCACUACAUGGAUUUUAUUUUUUUCGGGAAAAGACCGUGUCUAGUAACUAAGACGUCACUUUUGACAAAUGAAAUAAUUUACAAGAUUGACCACCUCUGGGAAUAUGCAUUCAAGCAAACAGUUUGAGGUCCACCCAGACAUGUAGUCAUCCCAAACACAGGGCAGAAUCACCAACUCCUGUUAGUAGCGGGUGUCAUGGCAGGCGUGAGCGGAUAAUAUGGCGCGAAGGCCAAAAAUCAGUUUCAUGCUGUCAUUAGUGGGCUGUGUUUCCUGCCGUUGGACAUGGGAACUUCGUUGUAAUACAUCUGCAUAUCAUUAUAAGCCCAGCUCACUGGAAACAUCCCCCACCCCCACGCUGGAUCAUCUGAACACCCUGCAGAUGUGUUUCCCAACAGCAUUUAUAAGAAGUGAAGCAACAACACUCAACACAGACCACGAGCUAAAGUUCACACUUAACAUGAUUGUGGGGAUGAGAAUUCCACCUGGACUGCAGGAGGAUUCCCUCGUGACGUGGGCCCCAGUGUGGCUCUGCAACAUAUUUUUAAUGCAAAGGACAGAGCAUGCGGCGCAGUGGAUGGAAGCCAAGGCACAGUCAAGCUUUCAGCAGCAGAGGACAGACCCACAAAAGUCAGCCUGCAGCUCAGUGGGAGCACCAACUGUGAAGCCACCUGGUCUCACCAGCCCAUUUUGAAGAUUCUCAAUGGUCUCUCCUUGAAAACUCCACACAGGCUCACUCAAAGGGUUCAGAUCGGCUCCCUGGUUUGACAAAAAGAGGAUCAUAAAUAACUUGAAGCAGUGACUGGGACUAAACAUAACAAUCUUAGAACAAGUUC